AUGAGCCAGAAUAGAGCAAGAGAGCGGCUGCUCCAGGGGCCAGGGGCGGCUGCUGCCGGGGCGGCUGCUCCAGGGGCUGCUGCUGCUGGGGCGGCUGCUCCAGGUGCUGCUGCUGCUGGGGCGGCUGCUCCAGGGGCUGCUGCUGCUGGGGCUGCUGCUCCAAAGGCUGCUGCUGCUAAGGCGGCUGCUCCAGGGGCUGCUGCUGCUGGGGCGGCUGCUGCAGUAGCGGCGGCUCCAAGGUCUGCUGCUGCUAGGGCGGCUGCUCCAGGGGCUGCUGAUGCUAGGGGCUGCUGCUGCUGGGGCGGCUGCUGCUGGGCUGCUCCAGGGGCUGCUGCCGCUGGGGCGGCUGCUCCAGGUGCUACUGCUGCUGGGGCGGCUGCUCUAGGGGCGGCUGCUGUUUGGGCUGAUGCUGCUGGGGCGGCUGCUCCAGGUGCUGCUGCUGCUGGGGCGGCUGCUCCAGGGGCUGCAGCUGCUGGGGUGGCUGCUCCAAGGGCUGCUGCUGCUGGGGCGGCUGCUGCAGUAGCGGCGGCUCCAGGGGCUGCUGCUCCUGCUGGGGCGGCUGCUCAAGAGGCUGCUGCUGCUGGGGCGGCUGCUCCAGGGUCUGCUGCUGCUGGGGCGGCUGCUCCAGGGGCUGCAGCUGCUGGGGCGGCUGCUUCAGGGGCUGCUGCUGCUGGGGCGGCUGCUCCAGGGGCUGCUGCUGCUGGGGCGGCUGCUCCAGGGGCUGCAGCUACUGGGGCGGCUGCUCAAGGGGCUGAUGCUGCUGGGGCGACUGCUGCAGUAGCGGCGGCUCCAAGGGCUGCUGCUGCCGGGGUGGCUGCUCCUGGGGCUGCUGCUGCUGGGGCGGCUGCUCCUGGGGCUGCUGCUGUUGGGGCGGCUGCUCUAGGUGUUAGAAUCACUGAACAGGAAUGA